CCCCGGGCGCGCCCGCUGCGCCACCAUGAGGGCGCGGCCGCAGGUCUGCGAGGCGCUGCUCUUCGCGCUGGCGCUCCAGACCGGCGUGUGCUACGGCAUCAAGUGGCUGGCGCUGUCCAAGACACCUGCGGCCCUGGCGCUGAACCAGACGCAACACUGCAAGCAGCUAGAGGGACUGGUGUCUGCGCAGGUGCAGCUGUGCCGCAGCAACCUGGAGCUCAUGCACACCGUUGUGCACGCCGCGCGCGAGGUCAUGAAGGCCUGCCGCAGGGCCUUCGCCGAUAUGCGCUGGAACUGCUCCUCCAUCGAGCUCGCCCCCAACUACCUGCUUGACCUGGAGAGAGGGACCCGGGAGUCGGCCUUCGUGUAUGCGCUGUCGGCGGCCGCCAUCAGCCACGCCAUCGCCCGGGCCUGCACCUCCGGUGACCUGCCCGGCUGCUCCUGCGGCCCCGUCCCAGGUGAGCCACCCGGGCCCGGGAACCGCUGGGGAGGAUGUGCAGACAACCUCAGCUACGGGCUCCUCAUGGGGGCCAAGUUUUCCGAUGCUCCUAUGAAGGUGAAAAAAACAGGAUCCCAAGCCAAUAAACUGAUGCGUCUACACAACAGUGAAGUGGGGAGACAGGCUCUGCGCGCCUCUCUGGAAAUGAAGUGUAAGUGCCAUGGGGUGUCUGGCUCCUGCUCCAUCCGCACUUGCUGGAAGGGGCUGCAGGAGCUGCGGGACGUGGCCGCUGACCUCAAGACCCGCUACCUGUCAGCCACCAAGGUAGUUCACCGACCCAUGGGCACCCGCAAGCACCUGGUGCCCAAGGACCUGGAUAUCCGGCCUGUGAAGGACUCGGAACUUGUCUAUCUGCAGAGCUCGCCUGACUUCUGCAUGAAGAACGAGAAGGUGGGCUCCCAUGGCACACAGGACAGGCAAUGCAACAAGACAUCCAACGGCAGUGACAGCUGCGACCUCAUGUGCUGUGGGCGCGGCUACAACCCCUACACAGACCGCGUGGUCGAGCGGUGCCACUGCAAGUACCACUGGUGCUGCUACGUCACCUGCCGCAGGUGUGAGCGCACCGUGGAGCGCUAUGUUUGCAAGUGAGGCCCACACAGGAGCACGGACUCCACCCGAGGACCCUCGGCAGCCUGGGGCCUGUGGAUUUGUGCUUGUGAAUUCCAGAUGCCAAGUGUGGGAGGCGGCUCAUGCCUCGCCCCGACUUGGAAGCCUCCAGGAACAGAAGGCUGAGCCACCCUGGAAGGAGGGCUAGGACAUCAAAGGAAACCGACAAGAUUAAAAAUAACCUGGCAGGCCGAGUCCCUGGAGUACCCACAUGCUGCCUUCCAGGCUGGUCUAAGAAGCCAGGGGCAUGAGAUUGGUGAGAUGGGUGUGGACUUGACCUUUCAGGGCCGGAGAGACCAGCCUCCAGGAAGCAGUCUGCCCACCCUCAUCAAAAUGUUCCGCAGGACCCCCCUCAGCCCACCCCAGGGCCUGAGCCUGCUGGGCCCAUCACAUGGAACCACUAGCUUGGGUUGUAAAUUUUGUUUUCUUCUUCCUUUGGGAUGUGGGAGCUACAGAAAUAUUUAUA